AUGGCCAUGAAGCAAAAGUUCCACUUCCCCAGGCAAAGCCCUCCUUUCCCCAUGCCCCUGAAGAAUUAUGGUUGCCCUGGGAAGAGUACCCCUGCUGUACAGAAGUGUGGCUACCCUGGGCAAAAACCCCUCACUGCAGAAUGUGGCUCUGCAGCUGCGCUGCGGUUUGUGCUGAGUCACUUCCAGUGCUGGAGAAAGCUUGCUGUGCUCAUUCAUAGAGGCAAGAAUUGCAUCCUUGAAAAAACAAGAAGUCAGAGGGAGCAGAAGAUUGGCAAUGGAAGUCCGCCAGUCCCCGCGACCAGCCGUGCGGACCAGCCGCCUCCUCCCUUCUCAGUCGGUGCCAUCAGCUCUAGUUCCCAGCUCCGGCAAAACUUCUUUGAGGACGAGGCUGUGCUUAACUGCCGGUCUACCUUCCACCUGCAGACUUCCUACCUGUCCUUGGGGUUCAAAUUCGGGACAAUGUCUCCCUGCAUAGUGUCACACUUUUUCCGAGAAUUAUCGAGGGUCAAACUGGAGGGUGCCGAGCACCUCAAGAAGCUCCAGAACCAGCAUGAGAGCCGGGUCCUCCUGCAGGCUGUGCAGAAACCUGCCCUAGAUGAGUGGCACUGCAGUUUGUACCUCAUGGAGGCUGCCCCAAACCUGGAGAAGGGUCUCAACCAGGCCCUCCUGAAGCUGCAAGCCCUGAACUGGAACCAAAGAGAUUCCCAACCUUGCGAUUUUCUGGAAAGCCCCUACCUGUGCGAGGAAGUGAAGUUGAUGAAGCACCUGACCACCUUGCGCCACGUACAGGCCGACCCCGGGCUGGGCGAUCACCUAGUGGAGAGGUUGAACCUGAAGCAGCAUUAGGAGGAGAGGCGGUAGGCCAAAGUGAGUACUGCCCCCAACCCACAGGGCACAC